UCUAUUUCAAAUUUCAUGCAACGAAAGUGAAAGUAGGGGUGGCAGUCGGUCGAUUUCGCUUUAACCGAAAACUGAAAACUCGGUUAUCGGUUAAACCGAGCCACCCCCUAUAGUUUUCGAUCACCGACCGUGAGGGAGGUCACGGUUAGUCGGCCAACCGAUCGGUCAGUUUCGGAUUUAGGAUCGGCUAGCCGGCCAACCUAAAAACCUUCCUUUUCUAAAAAAAAAUUAAUUACAAAAAAAUCUCCACCGGUCAAUCCUUAUCUUCUCUUCUCUCUCCUUCUGUCUUCGACCACAUCGUGCAAAAAAGCCUCCCGCUCUCCCCUCCGAUCGCCAUUCUUUCUCCCCUUCGGUAAUACUUUCUGCUCUCUCAAAAGAUGGCACCGCCUCCUGACAAUCGCACAAACGAUUCCACCACCAACGUCGUCGCCCCUCCUCCACCCGGCGCCGCCGACGACCAGCUGCAGUCAAUUCUACGCUCCGCACGGCCGUUCCUCCGCGGCGAGCUCGAAUCGGUGGACGAAAACCUACUUUUAGUUUCUCUCUGCUGCUCUGCAAUCGACCGGUCGUUGCAGGCGUCUUAUGGACGAGCCUCUGCCAUGCGACGAGGGGGAGGGAGAAGGCGGAGGAGUGGGUCUCGGAGACUUAGCGCCGACGGGGAGAUAUUGGCAGGCAGGGGGUCUGUCGCACGAGGAAAGAAGUUCGAAGGUUUCGGCGGCCCUGCGACUGCAAUUUCUCGGCGGCAUCAGGAGAAGGUGGCGGUCGGCGGUGGAACGCGGGGAGACGGCGGGGAUUGGAUCGUCACGUUGGGAGGGUGGAGGAGGCGGCUGCUGCUGUGAGUCGAAGAAGACGAAGGUAGGGUUUUAUUCUUUUAGAUCUGAUGCUGGCAAAACGACGUCGUCUCUUGUCGGUCGGUUGCGUCGGUUAGCCGGUUAACCGGCUUCGGUUUAUCGGCUAGCCGAUGAACCACUCAUCUAUACCGACCACCGACCGAUGCACGUAUUCCUCGGUUUUCGGUUAGCCGCUAACCGGCGGUUAACGGUUAGCCCGACCGGUUAGCCGCUAAUCGGCAACCGAAAUGACAGCCCUAAGUGAAAGUAGGAAGGGCAGUUUUGUCUUUACAAUUAAUUAUUUAUUCCAUAUAAAAAUGUCAAUAUCACCCGAGUCUUUUCCAAUAAAGACAACAAUCACAA